GUUCGAAACAAUUUCUUGUGACAUCAUUAAUAACAUAGUCGAAAAGGUAAACAAAUCUUGAGAAGCCGAAAAUAAAAUUAAAUUAAACCAAAAUGGGUGAUAUGUUUCGAGAAAUACUCAACAUUGAGCAACCAUCAUCUCAAGAGUUGACGAAAGAAACGCUAAUUACAAAAAAGAAACCACUCAUGGAAAGGACAAAAACCACACGAAGGCCAGAAGGAAUGCAUAGAGAAGUAUAUGCUUUGUUGUAUAAAGAUAAUAAAGAUGCUCCACCACUUCUUCCUACUGACACUGGAUUAGGAUACAAACAAGCAAAGGCUCGUUUGGGCAUGAAAAAAGUUCGUAAAUGGGAAUGGAAACCUUUUGUGAACCCAGCACGAAAUGAUGGCGUUCAGUUUUGUCAUUGGCAAAGAGCAACCGAUGAAGCAAAAGAAUAUCCAUUUGCAAAAUUAAAUCGACAGCUCAACAUUCCUACUUACACACUUAAUGAGUACAAUACACAUCUCCGUCUGAAUACAAAAUGGAAUAAAGCACAGACAGAUCAUUUAUUUGAACUUGCUCAGCGCUUUGAUACUCGUUUCGUCAUUAUGGCAGAUCGAUGGGACAAGAACUUCGGUGUUAAAACAGUCGAAGAUCUAAAAGAACGUUACUAUGAAGUGAAUGGAAUUCUCCAAAAACUUCGAGGUAAUGCAAAUGGGGACAAAAAGAUUUACGUGUUCGAUGGUGAACAUGAAAGAAAGCGGAAAGAACAAUUGAAGAAACUUUUCGAGCGGACACAGGAACAGAUUGAAGAAGAAACAAUGUUACAGAAUGAGAUGCGUAAGAUUGAAGCACGUAAAAAGGAACGUGAGAAGAAAACUCAAGAUUUACAGAAACUCAUUUCACAAGCCGAUCAACAGAGUGAACAAGCAGCAGCAACGGCACCACAAGCUCGUAAACAAGAAAAGAAAUUGAACAAAAAGAAAAUCCCAGUGCAACAGAAAAUGACAAAAGCUGAUGUUGUGAGCACAAUGGAGACAGCAAACAUUCGUUUUGGUGAAGGAGUGAAUAAAGGUACUGGGAUCACAAUGCGAUCGCAGAAAAUGAAGCUUCCAGCUAACUUUGGACAGAAACGAACCAAAGCUUUAGAACAAAUGUUGGCUGAAUUCAAAGUUGAUCCGAACCCUCCUGCAAUUGAAGAAAUUUGCACUGCAUUCAAUGAACUUCGUUCUGAUAUGAUUUUACUUCAUGAAAUUCGGACCGCAUUAGCUUCAUCGGAGUAUGAGUUGGAGACGCUCAAGCAGAUGAAACAGGAAAUUAUUGAAUAAAAUUUUUUUACGCUUCAAAAUUCUCGUCUCUUUUUGAUUGACGGAGAAUUUGCAUUCAAUACUGUUUGAUGAUGAAUUUAAGUUAGCUAACAUUCAACCGAGUAAUAAAAAUGUUUAAUUCAUAUUUUUUGGCUUUGUGUUUCGCAAAACGAAAAACUUUUCAA